CAUUUAUGUAGAAUCAAGCAGAGUUGACAGAAUUUAUUCGUCUAUUCGUCUAUUACGGAGUUGCUAUCAGUCAGUCAAAGGAAUCCGAGCACUCUUCUGCUUCUGACACGAAAGAACACAACGAAACGAAACCCGUGUUUCGUCAGAAGCAUGGAGAACCACCUUGAAGCUACCACCUAUCCAAUCGAUCGCGGUUGCGCUUGGGCGGUGAGGGUGGCACAUUGAACCCCGUGGUGCGGAACUGCGGAGCCGUCCUUUGAAGGGUCAGCUCCGGAGAAGAAUCUGCGAGAGCAAUCAAUUCAUUGGCAAACAUACUUCAACCCCCACAGUUCGAAUCUUUAGUUUUCCUUCCCAACCCUCUUCUUUUUACACAUAAAGCUUCGAGAUAGAGAUGAUGGUCUUCACUGCGAUUUUGCAACUUCUUGCUUAUAUCGGCGUCAUCGCCGCCGCCCCUGCAUCACCAUUCGAUGCUAACCAUGGUCUUGCCCUCCUGGGGAACGGCUUGCUAGCUCAUAAUAAAGAUGGCGCGGCGCCAGCUCUCCCGGCUGAAUAUUGGGGUGGCGUCAACUUCAUCUACGACUUUAGCAAGAUUAAUCCUCUCAAUGCUACUGAGGGGCAAAGAGUCAACAUAGGGCUUCUCGGAGGGAAGUGGACGGAUACGAAGGGACGGGUGAUCGCCAAAGUUCUUCCUGCUAUUGGAGGUGAUCAAGGAUACACUGAUAAGGAGGGAAUAUUCCACGUAGAUAUCCGACAAACCAUCCAAUUCGUGAGCGAUGGAAGGUUCGGUUACGUGCAGUUGACAGGCUACAAGAGGGGUGCCUAUGCCAGCACCACCGUAUCCGUCGAGACAGACUCGGCCGCUAAUCUCAAAUUUAACAACCAGAUCUUUUACGCCCUCGGUUCAUUCUCCGGUAACAUCCUAACAGGUUCUAUUUGGGCAUUGGGACCAUCUGCACCUCCCAAGAUUAUGUAACGAUCAAGUGGUUGAGAAGCGAGCGACCGUUUUUUUUGUUGCGCCCCUUUGUGUAAACCUGUGCAUGUGUGUUCCAAAAUAAAUAAAUAAAAAUAAAAAAUCGGGGCUUACUUUUGUAAAUAUUCAUCCAUGCAGUACACUUGCAUUUCUUGACCUUAGUGUCUCUUCGAUCAAAUUUGUUUUCAUUACAUGUUGCAAGGCGGUGGUACAACAUGCAUGAUUU